GAUUGCAACUAGGUUUUCGAUCAAAAUUCUGUUGGUAAUUGGCUAUAACCGUCUCUCUCUCUCUCUGAAGAGUCAAUAUCCAUGGUGGUGAGAUUAAUUCCGUGGAGUGUGACCUUAUCCCAACAAACCGAUCACUCAAACUACCUUUCAAAAAAAGUGGCAUCCGCAAAUGGAAAUGGUAGAAGGGCAACUAAGCAAGGCUGCGUCAGAACUAGAAGGCCGCAGAUAUUGCCUUCAACGAACUACGGAGAGUCAAUUUCUGGCUUACGGGUCUUUGUACUUUCGGAUUUGCACACGGAUUACCCGGAGAAUAUGAAUUGGGUCAAGUGCUUAUCCACUGUGAGACACAAGGAAGAUGUUCUUCUAGUUGCCGGUGAUGUAGCCGAGACGUACAAGAAUUUCAUUCUGACCAUGUCCCUUUUGAAGGAUAGAUUCCAACAUGUCUUCUAUGUACCCGGAAACCAUGAUCUUUGGUGCCGCUGGGAGAAAGAUGACGAACUUGAUUCUCUUGAAAAGCUAAAUAGAUUGCUGGAUGCAUGUACCAGACUUGAAGUACAAACAAAACCUAUGGUUAUAGAUGGCUUGGGAAUCAUCCCUUUGUUCUCUUGGUAUCAUGAGAGCUUUGAUAGAGAAAAGGACAUAACUGGUGUUCGCAUGCUGUCUUUGGAGAUGGCCUGUAAAGACUUCCAUGCAUGCAAAUGGACCGGAGAACUUUCAAAAGCAGACAGUUCUCUUGCUUCGUACUUUGAUGCCAUGAACGAAAAGACUCAGGAUAGAAUUGAUGAAAUCCAGAGAUCAAAGCUUUUGCAGUAUACAGGUGAGAUAUCUUUUAUGCCGGAACAGUCACUUCGGUGGUGUGAACAGGUUUAUUGGAUUAGCGAAGAGGACUGGCAAGAGUUAUGUCCAGAAAAGAGGAUGCUUUUUUAUCCCAAUCUCCCAAAAAUUAUUGGCUCUGACUUUCUUGAGGCUCGAAUAAGAUCUAUACACGGACUUGAAGGUAGUGCAUCUGCAUGCCAUGUGUUUGGUCAUACACAUUUCUGCUGGGAUGCUGUGCUUGAUGGUAUCAGGUAUGUUCAGGCGCCAUUAGCUUAUCCAAGAGAACGGAAAAGGAGAAUGAAUGGAGGUUGUUCGUGGAGAUCAUGGCGGUGAUUAUGUUUGUUGACUUGAUCAUCACCUUUAACAAUAAUUUUCAGAGCCAUUGGAAAGAGGAAAAGGCCUCUGCUUGCUUGGGUUGAACCCAACAUUUGGAUUUGUUUCUUCAUCAGAUUGUUCAAUUUGUAAGUUGUCUCUCUACGUGCUUAUUUAGCUUACAUAGUCUUUAAUCCUCAUAGUUACUUUUGUGCUUCUUUAAAUUCUUUUUUAAGUAGCGUUUGUUGUUUAAUGUAUGAAUUGAUUAUCAUUUUGUUCUUUUCACAUUCGUUUUCUCUCUUUGAACACACUCAAUUAUCAAUCUAAU